UCAGCUGCGUGGAAUGUGCGACACACACUGAGCAGACCUAUUUAAAGGUCCACCAGACGCCAGCACGCUCUUAUCCUGCACAGACAGCAGCCAUUCUUCUGUUGAGCAGACCUUUCCACGUUACAUCUCAUUCGGUCACCUUGCAAUAAGGAUGUCCUCUAUCACGGAGUUGCCCCCGUUCAUCUUCACGUUGCCCACAGUCCCCUCAUCCACACCGGGGGGGCCGUUCCUGGAAGUGAAUGCAACCUCUUGCCAGGAGUGGGAGCAAGCUCAGCACUUGCUUUUUCAUCUUGGGAACUUGUCUUUGUUGCUGGCCUUGGUCAUCCCCUCCACUCUGGAUCUACACAUGAUCCUCCUGCGCCUUCUCCUCACCACAGGAUGUGGCCUCUUCAUCGCAUGGGCAACUCUGUACAGAUGCAACCUGGAUGUGAUGGUUUGGAACGUGGUGUUUCUGAUGGUCAAUAUCAUGCACUUGUUCUUCCUUCUGUACAGGCGUAGGCCGAUUAAAAUUGACAGAGAGCUGAAAUUGGUCUAUAAGCGGAUAUUUGAGCCUCUCCAUGUGCCAGAAGCAUUAUUUCAAAGGCUCACGGGACAGUUCUGCACUAUCCAGACUCUGAAAAAGGGCCAGGCAUAUGCUGCUGAAGAUAAGACCUCUGUGGAUGAACGCCUCAGCAUUCUGCUCAAAGGAAAGAUGAAGGUUUCAUAUAGAGGUCAUUUCCUCCACAACAUCUAUGCCAACUCAUUCAUUGACUCUCCAGAGUUCAGAUCCACUGAAAUGCACAGAGGAGAGAAGUUCCAGGUGACGAUCAUGGCAGAGGAAAACUGUAAGUUCCUGUGUUGGUCUCGGGAGAGGCUUACUUACUUCCUGGAAUCAGACACUUUCCUCAAUGAGCUGUUCAGGUACAUUAUUGGAAAAGACAUCACCAACAAACUGUACUCUCUAAAUGAUCCAACUCUCAGUGACGAGGCUGUAAAAAAGAUGGACCGUCAUGCCAGCUUGCACUCUCAGUUGUCUAUGAUGCAAAUGAGGAACAGCAUGGCGAGCACGAGUGAUACAGACGACAUUCUUAACCAGAUCCUACGCGGAGGAUCUGCUGGAUCAUCGCUCCAAAAAUCACCAGGGACCAAGCUAUCCGCUAAAAUGAAGCCGAUAGAAGAAGGCAUGGAGGAUGAUGUCUUUGAAGAAACUUUGUCACAUUUGCCCAAUACGUCCACUGAGGAGGUGUAGCCUGCAAGUGAAGAAUCAUGGUCAUCACGGAUGAAAACUGGUUAAGAUGUUGUUGGAGAGAUAAAGAGAUCUUUACACCUAAUUAUAGUCUUUAUAUUCACUUGAGAUCAAGUCAAGUUUCUUUUGCUUUGUCAAAUGUCUCUACUUUUUUGGGUCACCAUUCUAUGACUUCAACAAUUAUUAUGGGAAUGCCAAGUAGUGGCAGGACCAUAUUGCAAUCGUCCAGAAUGGCCCAAAGGGCAAUGUUGCUAGCAUUUUGCUCACAAGCUAAAGUCGCAAAAGUCCCACUGCGCACCAGCGGGUGUACAGCAUGACCCCGCUCUGAUGUGGGGAAAAAAUCCCCAAAAAAUAAAACACGCCCGAAAAAACGAGGAAAAACAUGAAAAUGAAGGCGAUAUAUUAAUAUACAGAAAAGGUUUCCCUUUUCUUAUUCUUCUUAUUCCGCAUGCUUUUUUCGUCCGUUAAUGCGGCCCGAACACACGUGCACCCAUGCAUGGCAUACAUCGUUGGAUGCGUCUCCAUCGUGCCUCGAUGGGCGUUUUCUCAGUCAAAAGUGUUACCGUGGCAACGCUAGAUGCCAAAAAGCAAAUAAAAGGCGAAAAUUCGGACGCUUAUUGCUUGGCCAAACUUUAUCGUAGAGACAAAUUUACAAACACUCGGCCUGAUUGGCACUAAAGUACCGUGCAACCUCAUCAUGCUAAUUAUUAUGGUUUUUGCAAUAUUUAACUUUCAAUUUUAAAAAAGAUUCCAUUUUAUUUUGGACGCUUGUUGCUAGGCAACGGUUUGUCGUACAGACAUCAUUACAACAUUCACAAACCCGGGACGCGUUGUACUACAACAUAUUUUAGUCUCAUCAUGUUAGCUAUUACGCUUUUUGAGAUAUAUAACUAUUCUAAUUUUCAAGCUAACGGAAACGGACGCUUGUUGCUGGGCAACACGAUAUCGCAGAGACAUCGUUAAAAGACUCGAGACAAUGUGGACUACAACAUACUGAGGUUUCAUUAGGCUGUUGUUUACAACUUUUGAGAUAUUGAAGCCAAAUUUUCCCAUUCUAUCCUAUGGGGCUUGUUACCAUGGCAAGGGGAGAAUAUGAAUAAAUCAUCUGUUAAUGCUCCCCGGACCUCAAUGUGCAUUCAGGCCUUGGUUUGGUUUAUUGGCCAUUAUUAAUAACCCCAAACAUGGCCAGAACCACCUCCAACACAACCAGAACAACCUUAAACACAACCACUACAGCCCCAAACAAAAGCAGCGAGAGGGGACGAAUGGGCAGUAGGGCAUGCCCAUAUCUCUAUUACUAUUAUUCGACAUGUUCUAAAUAUAUAUUAUUAAUAGAUUAUGUUAAUACCACAACUUUAACCACAUAAUUAUUUGCAAGUUUUAUACUAUAUGUACUAGGAUGUGGUUCUUUCUUUUUUCAUUACUCUUUAACCAGAAGCCAGCACUGUUUGUGUGUUCAGUUCAUUUUUUUAGUACAGUGUCUGCUAGAACGCCUAAUAAAGUUUUACAAUUUCAUUAGGCCUUCAACACGCACACACACACACACACAUACUUUUAAUGUUGUCAUAUCACUGCUGUUGCACAUUAAAUGUCUCCCCCCCAAAA